AUGGUACUAUGUACUUUCGUGCCUGCGAGUGAUACUUGUAACACUUGUGAUGGUCAGCUUUUGCUCAGACCUUUCUACGUUUUUCCCUGUGGACAUCGAUUUCACAGCGAUUGUCUAGUCGCAGCUUUAACCCCUAUGUUGUCGUUGGAACAACAAACUAAAUUAGCCGACCUUCAGCGACAGUUCACUGUAGUUUCUAAUAAAUCAGACGAAACUAUUUCUACAGACGGAUCGACUUCUAUGUCUACGAAAGAUCAAAUUAAAGCUGAUAUUGAUGAUUUGAUAGCUUCGGAAUGUUUGUAUUGUGGAGAAUUAAUGAUAGAGUCCAUUGACAAACCUUUCAUCGAGGAAGGAGAUUACGAGAGAGUGAUGAAAGAAUGGGCCUAAGAUAUAUAUUUGUUUCUAAUAAUGAGAGUAAGGUCAGAUCUUAAAAAACUAUUCUGAUUUACAAGAAAGGAUUGAAAACUGGAAGCUGUGUAAAUAAUUAUAUUUGAAUCGGUAUUGAAUCAUUCUAAUUCCGAUUUAAUUUUGUAUAGAGUUCAAUCUAGUUAUUUUUUUUAU